CUUUUGGACGAAAAUAUUUUUAUAAACUUAUUAUUUAUUAUUUUAUGUUGAUGAUCAUGAACGAAUCUACGAUAUCGUCUGAAAGGCAGUCAGGAGUGUUCAUUCUACGAAAUUCUCUACGAUUGAUUUAAAAAUUGUAACAUUACCAUUAGUAUAGUAAAGAGUACACACAAUAAAUACUUACAAUAAGAAAUUAAUGUGAAAAUGUCGUUAAAAGCGUAUGAAGAUGCGUGUAUAAGAGCGGAGUUAUUUGGUCAGCCAAAGCCAAAUAAGGAAGAGUUUUUGGAAAAACAUAAACAUUUAGACGUAGUUGAAUUUGAGGAAGUGGAAAUAAAAGCAGCGGAGAAUACGGCGAUGUUAGAUGAGGGUUUAAAAGAUGCUAGAGGAGGAUUAGCUGAGCUAAACACUAUAUUGGGUUCUACCCAAACAAAAUUAAACAAAUUGAAGGGAGUCUGUGGCAGUCUUACAAACUUCUUCCGUGUUAAAUUAACGGCGAAAGACAACCUGUCAUAUUCUACUGAACCUAGUUACAUUGGUCAAACAAAUUACGACAAAGACUACAUACCACCAAAGACUCCCAAGUCUUCAAUAAACCAAGGUCUCGGACCGAACGACAAUGAGAUGUCAUUGCGUGCGAAACAAAAUGGCGGUGCGGGCAGUUCACGACAAGAUGGCGGAAUCAAUGCGGCGUUGAAAGAUUUAGAAGAAAUGGAAAUAAGCGAGAAUACAUCGAUGGUAAGCAAAGCUGCAUUGAAUGAUAUAGGGAAGCAGGUGACGUCACAGAUGAGCAAGCUAGACCAAAUGAUAUGCCAAGCUGAUAGGGCUCAAGCAGCUUUGCAUUCGCAAAAUAAGCAAAUGAGAUCUUUCCUCAAAUAAUGUAGGUAUCUCGUCUAAUUGGUUUGCUCAAUAAACAUGUUAUUGUUAAUGGCUGUGCUGUAUAUUUUCAAACUAGAAGUUGUAGCUUUGUAUUUGUGGUCUGUGAAAUAAUUUGAUAUUUCUAUUUGCACAUGUCUAGAAAUGAUCAAUAAAACGAGUACCGUGUCCAAAUGGGCUUUGCUCCACUGGUUGCACAAAUGGUAAAAAAAUUGUGCAAAUAUCUGUCGGCAAGGCAAACUCAAACAAACAUACUUACAUUGCGUACGUAGUUUAUUAUGAGUUCAUUUAUUCGCCGCAAGGAAAAUACCAGCAAUGAAGUCCAGCAGUCAAAAUUAUUUAUUUAACAGCAAUAAAACAGACUUCAAUCUACACUGAACCUGUCAUUUGGCAAAUGGUUUGCCGAUAGUACUAUAAUUAUGCUUAAUGAAAAGGUAUGCCAAUUAUGUCCAAAUAAUAUUAUGUCAAAAAAUAUAUGCCUAACUCGUUAUGCUAAAUUAAAUUAGGAUAAAAAAUUUAUGCAAAAAAGGAUCCCUAAUUAUGUCACACUUACUGCUUAAAAUCAGUACUUGUAAGAGCCAUGUCCCAUUGCUCAGUUGUGCUUCAUUGCGACGACGCAGCACGUUAUGGCUCCUGUUUUCUGUAGGUUUUGACGUGCGUUAACGUACGUCUAAUCUACAUAAAAUUUCUGCGUUGUUCUGCGUUGUUUGUCGACGGACGUCAAAACGACGGAGCGCGACUGAGCAAUGGGGCAUGGUUCUAUAUCGUCUAGACAGCGUUAGUAAUUGAAUCUUUGAGAUUAUCUGGUGCUUUGUCAAAAGUUAGUCUUAAUAAACAAUGUAUACUUAAUUAUGUUAGAUUUGACAAUAAUUAACCGAUUAUGUAUGCAAGAUCUAAUCUAAGUCUUCUUCUUUGGUCAUUGGUGUAAGAUUUUAUUUAAGUAGCCUAAAAGCAUCUGACCUGACUGUUACAACCUACCUAAUUUAAUAAUAAUUAAGUACCUGUACUUAUUUUUUCCCAUAAAAAAUUCUGAAGAUGCCAUUAACCAACUUCAUCUGUAAUAGGGCAUGUUACGCUAAGCUCAGCGCAGAUGGCGCUACUGGUACAACUAAGGUGCACAAACAUUGCCAAUGGAGGCAAAAAGCGCCAAUUUUUAAUAUUGUUGCAGAUUUACGACCAAAAAUACCUUCUACGCAAUCGUGGUGCGAGUUUAAAGGAAAAAGGAAGGAUUUAAUGGAUUAUCCGAUUUUUCCCAAUAUUUCGGCAUCCGAAUAUGCUACAGUGUUGAAUAUUUUCACAAACGAAUGCUUACAUAAUGAAAAGAUUAAUAAAGUACUCUAAAAUAAACGUUUUAAUCGAUAUAGCAAAAGGCGGCAAAGCUUUUGUGUAGUACCUAACAUACAGUGCUGUAUUCCGGCGGGAUAAUUGCAGUAAUGCUCCCUAUUCUUCCGGUCUUUUUCUUAAGGAAUGAUGACAUUACAAAAAGUAAGUAUUGUUUCGGUGACGUUGUAUUGGUCCUUACAAAUUUAGUCGAGUCGACACGCCAAGAAGAAGAAGUUAAAUGUUUUGUCUCGUUUUGUCAACGUCAAAUAUCUAAAUUAGAUUUUAAGUCUUCGUUAUAAUAUAAGAAAACUAAUCUUUAUCUUGUUGUUUAAUAUCUACUGUUACAAGUUACUUGCAUUCUCGAUAAGGCGUUAUUUAUAAAAAAUGAAAACACAAUACUCAUACUUUAAAUACAAAAUGUUAGAUAGAAUAUUAUAAGUACAAUUAUGUAUGUACAAGAUUUAUUUGGAAUGAAUAAAAUUGUGAUUUAAUCGCCUGAAUAUUUUUCUUCUUCAAA